UCCAAGCAAAAUAAAACAAACUGUUGCAGAGCAUUUUAUUGUUUAGUUUUCUCUUAUUAAACAUAUCUUAUACUAUUAACGAAUGGACAAUGGUAAGCUGCGCAGUCGCUAACUGCAAAAAUACUUCAGUUAAAAUUACGAAACACACAAAUGGGAUUACGUUUCACAGGUUUCCUCGUGAUAAAAAGCGUCGUCGGCAAUGGGAGGUGGCUGUGGACCGGGAGAACUGGUCGGCCACCGCCUCGAGCGCCGUGUGUUCAGAACAUUUUGAUGCAAAGGACUUCUAUGUGACCGACUCCGGGCUGCGUCGGCUGUCGGUUGAGGCGGUGCCUGUUAUUAAUAUCUCUAUAUGCCAGCCGAGAGCUCAAACGGUAACUGAACUACAGCCAGCCGACAUCAGUCCCACAGAUUCCGAAGAAGUUAUCAAACUGAAGUACAAAUUACGAAGAUUAGAAAUAGUCUCCUCUAACAGAAAGCGAAGGAUCUAUGAGCUAUGGAAGAGUAAUAAAAAAUUUAAAAAGAAAUUACAGCAAAUGAAAACUGUUAUAAAACAUUUAAUACAGAACAAGAAACAUACAGAAAAAAUAGGUGCGGAGCAAUAUACUAGUCCAGAUUUAGAAAGUAUUGACAUACAAAACCUAGAUAUGCAGAAUGUUGAAAUGUCUUGUGAAUUGGAAAAUAAGUGAGGUAAUAGAAGAAUUAGCUGCAUCUACAUCUGCAGGAAGCCGUACAUAUGUAUGGCGGGUGACAGAAGCCUAUGGAAGAGACUGGUCAGCAACAUUAGGACAUGAUGUCACGAUCCUCAGCAUUGAGGGAACGACUGAUGAUGAUGAUGAUGAUGAAUAGAAGAAUUUGUCGGAAAAACAUUCAAGUUGUUAUUUCCAGAAAUCCACAAUUUAUGAUCUUAUAGUUCGUUUUUUUAGCAUUACAAAUAAGGUAAUCAGUCUUGAUGUGUCUUUUAAUUGAAAAACACAUUUUAAAAAUAAGUUACAGCAAAUAUAUAACAAGUAUGGAUCUAGUAUGAUCAUUUAUAUUCUUCUGCUUUCAUAAGUUAAAUAUUUACUGAUUUUUAAAAAGCGUUUUUCAUAUAAAAGACAUGUCAAGAUUGCUUACCUUCUUUCAAGUUCUUUCUAAUGCUAAAAAAAACGAACUAUAGUAGCCUUCCAUAUCCAUAAAAAAAUUAUCUUAUGUCUUAUGUGACAGAGUUUCCAAUAUGUACCGUAAAGACAGCUAAUUAUGGUUCUAAAUCAUGCACCAAUAAAUUUUUAAUUUACUGUGAUUAUUAUGGUCAAAGUGAUUUUGUAAGGGUAGUUCGCUAGUAACUUGCCGCUCGCUAUAACUAAAAAUGAAUUCUAUACACCUAUAAACAGAAUUCACUUUAGAAUAAGGUUUCAAUAACUGGCCAGCUUUCAAGUUUCAAUAACUGGCCACCUUUAACAAAAACGAAUUCUAUUUAUAGGUGAAUAGAAUUCAUUUUUGGUUUGGGGUGGCCAGUUACUGGCGAAUUACCCUAAUUAAAUAAUUAUUUCGAGGAACUAUUAGAGUCAAUAUAUUUUCUAAGUCCAUAGAGUACCUACCUAAGUAAGUAGUAAUACAAAUUCACUAAAAAAUUUAUGAUUUUUUUUUAUUCCAGAAUAAAGUGUUCAUAUUUUAAAAUCAA